AUGUUAAAAAACAGUUUAUUUACCAAAAGUAUGGGAGUUCAAAAUAAAUUCCCACAAAUAAACGGAACAAGUGGGUUCCUUUUUUAUGUUAAAUUGUUAAUUUUUACAUAUGUUUUCUGGAAUUCUUCCAACUUCAAUAAUAAUACCUCGUUUAAUAACCCAUGUGCUGAAAAGCACAAAACGUUAGAUAUUUUAUGCUCAAAAAGCAGUAGAUUGUUGACACAGUAUGACAGUUAUGAUAACCCAAAUCAGUUAUAUAUGUAUUCUUUAGAAGAUAUGGAAGAUGAGGAAAGAGAAGAAAGGAUAAGAGAACUCAUUUCAUACUAUAAUGUAUUUUUAAAUUAUUAUCCUGAACACAACACCAAAGACAAAAUUAUUAAACUAAAAAGCCCAGAAAUAGUUAGAAGAAGAAAUAGUGUAGAUAGUGGAAAGGAUAUUGUGCCACAAAUUAGAUCAGUAGUUGAAAGAACAUUUGAGUAUGAAGAUUCAGACAACCUUGAUGAUGAUGAGGAUGAUUUGGACGAAUUGGGAUCUUUGGUAGAAACUGGGGUUUUUGAACAUUCAUUUUAUGCAGAUGAAUACCAUGAUUUCGGUAUAGACAUAGAUGAUGAUAAUAAUCUAUCACUACUUGAUGAAAUCUUUGAAGAAAUGAGUAUGUUUAAAAGGAAAUAUUUAGAUUUUAAGAAUAAAAUUUUGCCAUAUAUUAAUCAGUUUACGUGGAAUAGUGAAUCAUUAUAUAAUUACAUUCUUAUAUUUACACCUUUGAGUUUAUUAUUAACAGCUUUUUUCAUGCGCUUGGCAUCACUGAAGUUUUUAGUUGCCACUGGUGCAGCGGCAUUGGCAUUAUAUGCAUUGUAA